CCAAAGAAUGUCCAUACCCGAUUACUAUUUAACUACCCGCAAAAAACUUCAUAAAUAAAACUUCUUUCUCCAACUUUCUUAUGAGGACGAACUAAUUUUUGGUUUUUGUUAAAAAUGGCGAAAAUUAGAUUAAUUUUAUUGAUAAUCGCUUCUAUUUUCCUAUAUUUUCAACCACAAAAGGUUUCAGCUGAUUCAGUUAUCACAUCUCAAGUAGGUGGCACAAAUUCUCACAGGUCGCGUGAACCUAAAUACAAGAUUGAGUUCCACUCAGAAGACUUUCCGUAUCUUCCUGGUGAUGACCAGGAAUCUGUCUUCAUGCCAAAUGAAGACGGUAAAAACUACUUGUGCUUUCUACCCAAGAUAGAGAAGCCUAAGAGUGGGAAGCCUGUUAUCCAAUUUAACACCAGCAGCAUGAUUAUGGGAAGUGAGAAACCGGUGAAAGUCAAAACACCAGAUGAGCUACUUGAAGUACUGGAGGAGCAAUGCCUUCUUAGGCGAGAGGGUUGGUGGACAUAUGAAUUUUGCUUUAAGAAGCAUUUGCGACAGGUCCAUUUGGAAGAUGAAAAGAUUGCUCAGGAAUUUGUGCUGGGGCUAUAUGAUCCUGAAGCAACAAAUGUCUAUAACCAAAAUCUAUCCGAUAUUUCUAUAUUGAAAGAUCCACAUUCUAAAGAUGCUUCUCAGAGGUAUCACGCUCAUCAAUACACUAAUGGAACACUCUGUGACCUUACAAAUCAGCAUCGGGAGACAGAGGUUAGAUUUGUGUGUUCCGAGAGCACAGCUAUGAUAACCUCCAUUACAGAGUUAUCAACGUGUAAAUAUGCACUUACAGUACAGUCUCCAACACUUUGUUUACAUCCGUUUUUUCAAGUAGAGCGUCCAGUUUGGCAUACAAUCCAUUGCAACUUGCUUCCGAAGGAUACCAAAGACACGAAAGCAGAGGAGACGAAGCAUGAAAAUGAAAUCAAAGUGGUCUCCGACAACGACAAAUAUCCAUACAACACUGUCGCAACAUAAUUUUUUGUUCUUUUUCUUCCAACGUUUGUUAUAGACAGGUAGACAGAUUAAAGUAGAGUAACAGGGAAUCAGGGAGUGAUCUUGUUUACCUUGAUCUUAUUAUUAACCAGAAAGUUUACCCUUUUCUGGUUUUACUUUAAUGUUGAUAUGAGAGCCUUUAAUGAAACAUAAACAUUGCAUAUCAGCAUUCAGUUAAUGAUCAGACAAUGUAUUUACAACAUUCAUAGCUUGGUAUCUUUAACAAUGAUUCUUAUCAAAAUGCUUUGGGAUCCUUAGCAGU